AUGGCGGCUGUUGUGAGUUCUAUACCAAAGUUGGCAAAUCUAUGGUCUACUCAGCUACGAUGCUUUCAUCUUUCCGCAUUUCUCUCGCAACUAAGAGUUCUUACGCGCCCGAUUUGUACUUAUAGUGAUUAUAAUCCUUUACUAAACCAAGAAUCCUUGCCACGCUUCAAGGAAAUCCAACCCGCUCAUUUGGCUCCAGCGAUCGAACAGCUGACUAAAGAUUUCGAGAAUGAUUUUAUUGAGUUUGAGAGAACAUUGAAAGGUAAUUGUAAGGUUUUAAAAUAUUUUAAUUAACUACUAUGCUAGCUGUGUAAAAUACUCCAGCGCAACCAGCUAGUAUGAGCGACUUCCAAACACGAAUGGACUAUGGCAUUUUGAUAUAUAUAUUAUGCAUCAGUCAAUUCCCGGUAAGACCAUGCCCCACUCCCCCCGGCUGGGACGCAAACGACCUCGUCGUCGAUCAACACUGCGGCACUUUUCACUGAUCGCACAGCGAGUAGUGCAUAUUAAUGUGUGAUUUUUCGUUUUGGUUACCUCUUCCCUUUGUAAAAAUGCCAUUCUAAUGGAGACUUUGCACGCAAUGACACCACUUCAUGAUUCUUAUUUUAUUAUAGCCUGUGAGCAAGCUCACCGCACCCUCUGGCGGCAGGGUGGGAAAAGGAAGAAGUGCUUGCAACUAUGUCUCUUUAAUUUGAAUAUAUGCAUCAAAAAAGUCAAUGCGAAAUGCUGAUUUGCAGUCAGAUGACAUUAGCAAUGACAUCAUUACUCUUGGCAUGUGUUUUUCAAUGUUUGUUUACAUUUGUGCUUAUUUCUGCUUCGCGCUGAUUGGUGGAAAUUUUGACAACUCAGUCGACGGGGAGACACGGGAAUUGGAGGUGGAAUUCAAAUUCCAGAGAUGUAGUUGCAAGCUCUCCUUCCUUUUCCCGCUCCACCGCCAGAGCGCCCUAGAGAGCUUGCUCUCAGGCUAAUUUUAUAAUCAUUGUCUACUUCUUUUAAAUAGUUCAUUGGUAGUGUGCUGUAUUAAAAGUUAUCUGUUCUGAAUAGUUAAAUAAUAUGAAAAAGUAGAUGAAGUUCCUCAAAUGAUACAUAAUCAUAGCUAAAAUUAGAAAUAUCACCAUCGCCAAAUUUAUUCAAAUCCUAGAUCAACAGAAAUUUCUUUCCAUAACCAAAAGAAAAAAUGUGUAAAUUCACAUCAAUAGCUCCUGACUUCUGGCUUGAUAAGCAAUGAAGAAAGGCAGGCAAGUUUUUCCCGUCCUAGACAUGUGAACCAAUCUUCGAAUCUGCUUGUGUUUCCAGUGAAAUUCUCCACGUUUAGUGUUAUGUUUGGGUGCAGCUGGAAUUGACUGAUGUCCAUUAGAGGAUUUUGUCAGGGGUAGAGUAAAAAAUUUAUGGAAUUUUUUGGGUUGGAGCCUUAAUUUCCACAAAAUUCUUCACAGUUAGACCUAUAUUCUCUAGUAGCCUGGCAGCAGGUUCUGCUGUGAGGGAAAAAUGGAAAAAAACGGAGUGAAACGGCAUAGAAAAUUGGUGAGCGGAGUGAGCUGAAUAGCAGACUAGACUGGUUUCCUUCCCCAGACUACAGCGUUUUAUUUGUUGUUUUUUUUUUUUCAUCUUUUUGCCCAACUGCGGAGCCUCGUCCCGGGCUAAUUCUUCUUGAGUAGACCCAUAUUCUUCAGCUCAGGGGUAGACUGAUAUUUUAUGGAAUUCCUCAGGGGUGCAUGCAAUUUUAUUCCAUCUUCAGGGGAAGGAAGAAAAUGAUAAUAUUAUGUACCCUAGCUGUCAUGAUACUGAUUCAAUAAUUUGUCAAUUAAACGAAAAAAAAUAUAUUAUGUAUACCUAUGGAAGACUUUUACAUAUUUCCUAGAAGUCACAUUUUACUAAUCAGAAUAUUAUAGUCUCACCUUGCUACUGCAUGAUAAAGAAAAAGAAGAAGAGUCUCCUACAGUUGCAGCUCAACAGAAAGAAAUUGUUUGACUUACAGUCCAUGUAUGUUCAUGGACUGUACAUGUUCUUUGGACCUGCUAGUUUUAUAAUCAAGGCAUCAAGGCCGGCAAUGAUAUUUAUCUUAUGCCAUGUUUUUAGUUUUUAGUGAAAACAAUUCCACGAGUGAUAGAGCUUGGGAAACAGUUGUUGAGCCUCUGGAAAAAAUAGGAAGUCAGCUAAGUUAUGCUUGGGGAGUGGCAUCACAUUUAAAUGGAGUUCGUAAUAGUCCAGAAUUACGUACUUCUUAUGAAAAGGUAAGCAUUCUGUUGUUAAUAGAUCUUUAUACCACAAUGACUUAGUAGCUUUUAGUUUUAUCCUUUUUUCUGUUUUGCAUAGUCACAAGAAGAUAGCACUUAAAAACAAAGGCAGAAGUAUGCAGCACCCAUCAUGCAAUAAUUGCAUGUACACGUAACUUUAAUAGAGGGAAAGGCAUAAAACUUAAAAACUUAGCUUUUUAUUAGUUCUUUUAUUAACUCAAAUUUUACUUUUAUUGUUUUCCGAAAAUUGUAAAUUAUUAUUAUUAUUAUCAUUAUUUGGACUAGCCAUUUAUUCCUUUAAGAUUUUAGUGUUGUAAUGCGCACUCGAUCAUAUCUUUAUCGCAUGCUAGACUGCGCAAUAUAAGAAAUAAACAUUAUUAUUAUUAUUAUUAUUAUUAUUAUUAAAACUAUUUAACCGAGCAAAUAAAUUGUCAUUGUAAUCAGCCCUGUUUAAAUGGGCUAUUUGGCUGAUUGUAAUUUUGCAGUGGGUUUUUGCUGUUAUUAAAACUUGUAUAAUUUACUGUGUUUUAUCAGGUUCAACCACUAGUUGUCAAAGUGGCCAUGAAGGCAAAACAGAGUGUUCCUUUUUAUGAUGCACUUUUGGUAAGUGUAAUGCUCAAUAGUAAUGGUACAUGCACGAGCUUUACAUGAGGCAUUCUUCAAGGUUAACUAUAAUGCAAAAAUUAUAAUUAAAGUCAAUCCAGUUCAUGUUGUUUUUAACCCUUUAAGCCCCAGUAUCCACAUACAAAUUCUCCAAACUGAUCUCCAUACAUUUCCUUUAAGAAUUAGUUGAGAGAAUUUAAUAAAAUAUCAAGGCAUUUUCUCUUUCGUGACCAUUUUUUAUAUUCUCACAACCUUAUCUCUUGACAAUGUAUGGACAUUGUUAGGAGAAAAUUGCUGUUGGUCACUAUUGGAACUUGAAGGGUUAAUAUUAAAUUGUUAAUGACAAAAUCACAGCUCCAUAGGAAUCAAUGGCCUCCAAAGCAUGAUUGAUAUUCAAGUUAAAUACAGCAACGAUGAACCUGGAAAAACUGUCAGUCAGACUAUAUAACAUGUUUGCAAUUUGUGUUUGAAUCUUUUUCAGUUUUGGCCCUCUAUGCCUUCUUUUGUAUUUGCUCUGUGUCAUGUCAAUCAUCUUUAAAUGUUUUAAGCCAUAAUUUUCACAAUAAUAAGUGAAAGGACAACUUAAUUUUGUGGCCAAAAUUCUCACAGUAUCUCUCUGUAUCCAAAUUGGAUAUACAGGUAUAAUGUAUCCUUGGAAAAGAGUAGUCACACACCAGUUUUUGAACUCAGAUAGAGGUUUAUUCCAUACACUGUAAACUGCUUUCUGUACACUCUUGAACACUGUAGACUCUGAGAGUCAAAAAAACUGGUAACUUAUUCUGCUCUAUCUUGGUGGUUUAAGUUUUAAUGCUGCUUGAUCGCAUUUAUACUUCAAAAAUGUCCUCAUGGGAGUUAAUUAACUUUACGUUGUAAGCACUAUUUUAACAUGACCAGGCUUUAACACUUAAUUGAGAAUAAUAUAAAACAGAAUCUCUGUCUUAACCCUUUAAGUCCCAAUAGUGACCAACAACAAUUUUCUCCUAACAAUAUCCAUACAAGGUCAAGAGAUAAAGUUAUGAGAAUUAAUAAAAUGAUCAUCAUAGAGAAAAUUCCAUGAUCUUUUAUCAAAUUCUCUCAACUAAUUCUUAAAGGAGAUGUAUGGAGAUCAGUUUGGAGAAUUUGUAAGUGGAUAUUGGGGCCAAGAGGGUUAAAGUCUGUAACUAGAAUCUUUUAUUUUACUGCUUUUACACUGUAUAAACCUGCUGACUUGACCAUCUUAUUUAUUUACAUGUGAAAGAAAGUUGAGAAGGACCAACUUACACUUGAUGAAGGGCAGCAGCGCAUAGUAACUGCUUUUCUAAGAUCAGCCAGAAAUGGUGGAGUUGGCUUGGAGGGAAAGGAAGAAGAGAGAUUCAACACCAUUCAGUUGAGACUUGCUGAGCUAGGAAAUAAAUUCAGGUAAAAUCAUGGUGCAAGUCUCACAUCUCACAGGGGGCACAUUCACUUGCAUGGGCAUCACAGAUUGUGUUCUUCUCAUCUUUUUUCCUUUUUUUACUUCACUUAUCCAUCUUUUGAAAGUGAAUACUAUUCACUAUUCUAAUAAUAGUACAAUGGUGCAGUUGUUUCUAUUAUUAAUAGAAACAACUGCACCAUUGUACUAUUAUUACUUUUUUUUUUAUCAAAUAUGAGGGGCAAGUCACACAACAGCUGGUUGUCUAUAUGCUCAAAUCUAGGCAUAUGACUGUGUAAGUGUCCUCCUCCUCAUCAUCAUCAUCAUCAUUGACAUUAUCAUCAUAUCAUAGUUUAAUGGUUGUAGUGCCAGAAAGCAUGCAAGGCCCUACUGGUUCUCCAGGUAGGGGAUUUAAGGCAAAGUUAGAGCUAACAAUAGACUGCCUCAAAAAAGCCACUUAAAAUACAGAAACCAGAAAAUUUAACAAUUCUCCGAUAUUCUUUCACUUGUGUAGUAACAAUGUCUUAGAUGCAACAAAGUCAUUUUCAAUGGUCUUGACUGAUCCUGAGGAUGUUGCUGGAUUACCAUUGUCACUGCUGAAGUUAACUGCAGAGGCUGCAGCAGCAGCUGACAGUACUGCAAGUAAAGAAGAAUCCAGGUCUUAUAUUUUGAUAAUUCUAUACUGCAUGUGUUAAUUAACCAGUGUCCACAUUAAGCAGGUGAAUUUUGGAGAAAACGAUAAUUGAGCUUUUCAUCAGGACAAACGAAACUGUCUCUUAUAUGUGGGUAUCUAUAUAAGCGGGUGUCCAUAGAACAGGGUUUCACUGUACAUGUAAUCUCAGCAUUUUCCAUUCAAGGUAUAUCCAUGUAACAAUUGAAGGAGAAAUCGCCCACAAUCUAAAAAAAUAAUAAUAUAAUAUCGCUUUUAUAUUAUAAAACAGUGUUAGUGCUUUAAUAAACUCACUAUAUGAUAUAUUUAAUUUGCCAGAAAGCACACGGAUCCCAUGGCUGGACCUUGGAAACUUAGUUUGGAUUUGCCAUGUUUUGAGCCCUUCAUGAAAUAUAGGUAGGUACAUGUAACUUAGCUAAAAUUGAAAUACUCACUCCAGACAGUCUAAUAGUAAAAACGAUAACGAUAAUUUAGGCUUUUAGAAUUAGAAUUUUAGAAUAAGGCAGUUCUACUUUAGCAAUUAAUCCAAUAAUUAAAGGCCCCCCUCCCCCCCACAAAAAAAAAAUCUUUAAAAUUGUAUGAGCGCAGACUUUUAGUUUAGCCAUGAUACAGUGAUCCAAAAGGAACAUGUCACCUGGUCAAAAAAUUAAUUUACACUAUCCUUUACACUAUUUAUAAAACUCCGGAAUUCUAUUAAUGUCUUAUCUGUUACAGGUAUUCUGAAUUUGGGCUUACAUGAAACCUUAAAUAUGGUCUUGAAUUUUUUGACAAAGUAAUGUUAUUUUUAGAGAACACCAAAAGAAAUGCAACAUUUUAAUCAAUGAUUGUUACAAAUUCGUUUUCGAUUAACAGUCAGAGUAGAAACCUGCGUGAAAAAAUGUACAUGGCAUAUAUCACAAGAGCAUCACAUGGAGAUACCAAUAAUUCAAACAUCAUUGAGGAAAUAAGGCAAUUAAGGUAUGGUAAAAAAUUUAAAUCUGCCCUUCAAUACCGCCUGUACUUGUAACUAUUGCCUAUAUUUAUGAAAUCAUAGACCCUUCCACGGCUUCUUUCAACUUUUGACUGGGUCCAGCGAAAAUCCGUAUUUAAAGAACACCUUAAAAUCAGUAAAAGAUGUCAAGUUUGAAAGUGGUUUUUUAAAACUAACGAAAAUAAAGCUCCGCAAAAACGUUUGUAGGGUGGGGGGCAAAUUUCUGCCCCAGCUUCACUCACCCCCCACCCCCCCACUACGCAAAGGGUUGAAGAAUUUCUCGACUUCUUGCAGAGAUAUCUUCACUCUCUUCUAGCGUAACAUUUUUAAACUCAGUAAGCUUCCUAAUUUUAGGUACUUUCUUGCAGUAGCGUAGAUAUACAUUGUGUUCGCUAGCUGGCGUUUAUCAAAACUUGAAGAAAAAAAAGCGUGGGUCUAUUCACUCGGCUCUUGUAUGAGGAGAAUUCUGUGCUAAUAAUAAAAUGUACAUCUGGAUAUGUAAAUCUAAAUGUUUUUAGCUGGAGGUAUGAACUGACAUUGGGCCUUCAAGCACAGUUCACGGGUGCUAUUAAAUUAAUUUGACUCAACGGCUAGUUACUCAUGGAAUUAAUUUAUUAACCCUAUGUUGCGCAUUGUAGGCGAGAAAAAGCUGACCUCUUGAGUUUUCAGAAUUACGCCUACUUGUCCCUGGACUCUAAAAUGGCUGAUAGCCCUUCAGAAGUUUGGAAAAUGAUCAAAGACUUGCAGAGUAAAAGUAAGACUGGAGCGAAAUCAGAACUACAAGCUCUGCAGGUA